UUUCUGGACCUCAGUGUUUGUGUGCAGAACAAUAAACUUCAUGAUGCCGUGCUGGUAAGAGGAAAUGCAGCUGCUGGUCACUGUAACCUGGCACAGAGCUCUGUAAGCGUUCAGUGUGUGGACGAGUCAGCAUGGACUUCAUACCUGUACGUGGCUCCUCUGCUGGGACUCAGCUGUCAGUCUGACUGACCGACACAAACCACCUUCACCGAUGGCCAGCCUGGAGAGAAAUAACAAGCUGCUGAUCGAACUGGUGCAACAGCCGGGCAACAACUCGUGUGCUGACUGUGGAGCUCCUGAUCCGGACUGGGCCUCGUACACUCUCGGUGUCUUUGUGUGCCUGAACUGUUCGGGGAUGCAUCGUAAUCUGCCUGCUGUCAGCAGAGUGAAAUCCAUACGCCUGGACCGCUGGGAGGAUUCACUGGUCGAGUUCAUGCGUGAGACGGGAAACUCUGCAGCCAAAGCCGUUUAUGAGAAGUGUGUUCCCGCCUUCUUCUACCGGCCUCAGCAGAAAGACUGCCUUGUUCUUAGAGAUCAGUGGAUUCGUGCAAAGUACGAACGAAGAGAAUUCACAGGAGAAAACAGCUACUUUCAGCAGGCGUACAGCUCAGACCUGUUUGAGUCAACGCUUUGGAAGAAGGGCAAAGACAACAAGCAGUUUCUCAAGAGGAUCUUCCUGCUGUCCCGGAAAGACUUCACCCUGCGAUACUUCAUUAAAGAGGAUUCCAAAGUUCCCAAAGCUGUCAUCUGCAUGAAGGACCUGAAUGCAGUUUUCCAGCCAGAGAAGAUCAAUCAUACGAAUGGUCUGCAGAUCUCCUACCUGCACGGCGAACGGAUGAGGAAUCUGUUUGUGUAUCACGAGAAUGGCCAGGUGAUGGUAGCCUUGUUCAACGCCAUCCGGGCGACUCGCUUGGCGUACCUCCAGAAGAAACAUCCCACUCUUCGAGAUAGUGACUUAAUACCUCAGAUAACAAGACACUGCCUGAAGGAGGGUUACAUGGAGAAAACUGGCCCAACGCAACGGGAGCCGUUCAAGAAGAGGUGGUUCACCCUGUGCUCCAUGAACAGGAAGCUGCUGUAUUUUAAAACUCCUCUGGAUGCCACAGAGCUCGGUGCUGCCUUCAUCGGCACGGAGAGCCACGGAUACUCUGUGUCAGAGAGCAGCCGGAGCUCGAGGGGAGGCCGGUGGCACUGCGGCAUCACGCUGCAGACUCCGGACAGGCAGUUUGUGUUCAUGUGUGAGCAGGCGCAGGACCAGAUGGAGUGGCUGGAGGCCCUCAGGAAGGUCAUCUCUCAGCCCAUGACCCCAGAGGACUACAGCAAUGAGGCCAACUUGGCGAGAGGGAAGUGACUGGAACACUUGGACCUGCUCAGACAAAACAGACUGAACUCACUUUAAAAGAUUCUCCUGAACGUGUCAGCGGGAUUUAACGAACUCUGUUCACUGCUGAGAGGUGGUGGACUACAAAGUGACACCACAGAGACGCAGUGUUGAUUCUUGAAAACAUGUAACAAAUAUUGUAUUUAUUAAUAAUAAGGAUGAGAUUUUAUGUUUUUGUUACUUUGUGUUUUUAUUUUGAUGUGUAUUAUCUGUUUAACUCAUUUUGCACAUUUUUAAACAAUUAGGUUAAUUU